UUAAGCGGAGCAGAGGCGCUGCUGCCGUCCGACUGGGAGCCGGCCAUGCCGCGUCUGCUGCUGCUGCUCCUGCUCCUGCCGUCACUGGCCCGGGGCCUCGGGCUCCGCGACGCGGGUAGACGACACCCCGAGUGCAGCCCGUGCCAGCAGGAUCGCUGCCCUGCGCCCUCGCCUUGCCCAGCGCCCUGGAUCUCCGCGCGCGACGAGUGCGGCUGCUGCGCGCGCUGCCUGGGCACCGAGGGCGCGAGUUGCGGGGGACAAGUGGGCGCACGCUGCGGCCCUGGCCUGGUGUGUGCGAGUCGCGCCUCGGGGACGGCGCCCGAGGGCACCGGGCUCUGCGUGUGCGCGCAACGCGGCACCGUCUGCGGUUCCGACGGCCGCUCCUACUCCAGCAUCUGCGCGCUACGUCUGCGCGCCCGACUUGCACCCCGAGCGCACCAUGGCCACCUGCAUAAGGCUCGCGAUGGGCCCUGCGAGUUCGCUCCUGUGGUCCUUAUGCCCCCUCGAGACAUCCACAAUGUCACUGGGACUCAAGUGUUCCUUUCCUGUGAGGUGAAGGCUGUGCCCACUCCGGUCAUCACCUGGAAGAAGGUCAAGCGCUCUCCGGAGGGCACUGAGGGCCUGGAGGAGCUGCCUGGAGACCAUGUCAAUAUAGCUGUCCAGGUGCGAGGGGGCCCUUCUGACCACGAGACCACAUCCUGGAUUUUGAUCAACCCUCUGAGAAAGGAAGACGAGGGAGUGUACCACUGUCACGCGGCCAACGCCAUUGGAGAGGCUCAGUCCCAUGGCACGGUGACGGUCCUCGAUCUGAACAGAUACAAAAGCCUCUACUCCUCAGUUCCGGGCGACCUCCUGUGAUGAGCACGGUUUCCGAAGACACUGGUCACAAGACAAUGGAUGGCUGUCCAGGAGUGGAUCAUUUUACCCUGUGAAAAUCUGGGGAAACAGCCUGUAGAUGGCUGCUUUUUGUAUGCUUUUUUAGGGGAGUGCAAACUAGAUUCUUAUGCGGAUGUAGUUUUUAGCAGGGCAGACCCUGGGGGGUGGACGUGCAUGCAGCUUUUUUUAUACUUUUGGUGUUUUAGAACAAUUCUUUUUAAACUCUUCUGUCUAAGAAAAGCCACACACUGUAUGUUUGUAAUUCUAAAGGGCUCAAAACAAGGCACACGCCGGCUGAUUCA